AUGUGGUGUCGAAUUUUAUUAUUGGUAGCGGUCAUUGGCUUAGGUCAUGGUGAGAACGAUAAUUUGCUAGCAUUGCGGCAGCCAUCAGCGAAGCACCGUGUAGGCGAACCUACUACGAUAGAAAAAUACCCGUUUGUAGUACAGAUUAUAACUUAUCGAAUUGGAGGUAAAUACCUCUUAAGAUGUGGAGGGUCGCUCGUGACCAAGCGAUACGUAUUGUCUGCAGCAAAUUGCUUCGUGAUUUCGUCUGAUUGUUAUAGUGAUUUUACAACGACACCAAUUCCUAGAACCAAAAGCACCGAGAAAACCGAAGCAACCGAAAAUACCGAUAUAACCAAAAGGACCAGAAAAACCCCUCAGCGACCCACUAGGAACGCUACACCAUUUUGGUGGUCCACUCCUUCGACGGUCAAGCCGAAAGCUCGGCAGCGCCUUGUCAAAAGGAGCCAAUUAUACAUAGAUCCCGCUGAAUACAGGAUUCGUGUCGGUUCAACCGGCGUACAAGAUACAGGUGGAAUACGUUAUGAAGUAACAGCAAUUAUAAUCCACGAGAACUACAGCAGAUAUGACAAUGACAUAGCAUUAGUACGGACCAGGAAUCCUAUUCCCUUGGGUCGCACCAUCGCAAUUAUCAAUAUACCGCAGGAAGAAGUGAUGAUGCCCGACAACGCUACUGUCACAGUUAUUGGUUGGGGUUCUGCGGUGAAGACAGAUUUGGAUGUACUGCACGAGGUGUCAAUUAAGCUGGUCGACUGGGAGAUAUGUAAGACCAUAUACUCAAACAAGCAUCCUAACAUCACGAUCACCGGCAAUAUGAUCUGCGCUGGGAUGCUAAAGGCUGGAGAUAAAGGUGUGUGUACGUCUGACGUAGGUAGCCCUCUCCUUUACGAAGACAAACUGGUGGGAUUGGCGUCAUGGUUUCAGAGUUGUAAAGAUAAGAAAUACCCUGAUGUGUAUACUCGGAUUUCCAGCUAUACCACUUGGAUCAACAACGUGGUGAAAAUGUAUCCGCUACGGUUUGAACCGAAUGUGGGUCGCAGUCCCGGUUCCAGACCUAGAUCAAUGAACAAAAUUGAGGACACGCUGCUGAUCUCUUUUUUAUUAUAUUUAGUACUCAGCGCUUAG